GUGAGCAACAAAUACUAGCAGCGCAGUAGAGUUGCAGCAUAAUAGACCGUUUGUGAUUAACUUUUAAAGGUAAGACGUUUAAAGAUUUAGAUUGGAUAAUAUCAGCACAUCUGAAUCCAAUGAACAUGUGCAUUAAAGCAUGUUAGUGGAUUAUCCCCCACUAAAUUAGUAGAUUUAGGGGACGCUAACAGAUUAGGCUAGGAUACCGGAUACAGUUAGCAACACACGUGAAACUUUAACAGUUGUCCCUCUGGAGUCGGCGCCCGCGGAUCUGCGUGGAAGUGCGUCUAUUUUACGUAUUUAAUCGUAUAUUUUCGAUUAUAGGGAGUAUGAUUCCGAUAACCCAGGAAUCGCUGGAACUGUAGCUUUCCCGCGGUACCUCUUGUGAGACUCACAGCAGCCAAUAGCAGCUUGACUUUGUGUUACACUGUGUGGGAUUGGUGGAUUCGUGUGUCCGUCAAGCCAUUUCGGUCUGAAAUGACCAAUGGACACUCAUGAAAUCACUAAGGACCUACCCACCAAGAAAAAAAAACAUUUAACACACGUGUCUCCCAUCAGUUUGUCUGUGUGUGGAAGAGAGAGAGGAGACAGAAACAUGGCUAAAACCACAGUUGCCGCUGAGCUAGAGAUAAUUUUGGCUAGCAGUAGUGAAGAUGAUGGCGAAUCAGAACCUGAAGGCUUUGACUCUUCGGAAGAAGAAGACUACUGGGAUAACAAGGAUCCAUUUGAAGAUGGAGAGGAUUCACAGCAGCCAAAACCUCCAUCGGUGCCUGCCACCAUGUCAAGAUCUACCGUGGAUCAAGGUCCAGCAAAGAGGACUCGUAGAGAACACAUACUUCCCACACAGCCAAUAGCAGGCCAUGCACAGUCAUCCCCACCUACACAGCAGUCAGCUCCACUGUCUUGGAAGACAGACAAAGACCCCGACACUGCCCCCCCUGUCCCCAGUUUCAAUCCUGCUCGCACACCCGGGCCACAGCUCAGCUCCAGAUGGAAAUACAAACCAUUUGACCUGUUCAAACUUUUUUUCAGUGCACAAACAGUACAGACAAUUUGUAUCAACACAAACAAACAAGCUGCAAAGCAGAUGGGAAAGGGAAAAAAAUACAAAUGGAUUGAUUUGACUGUAGAUGAUUUUUAUAAAUACAUGGGGCUGCUUCUAUACAUGGCCCUGCUGAAACUGGACACGGUAUUGGAUUACUGGAGGCAGGAUCAUUUUUUGUCAGUGCCUCUGCCAGCACAGGUCAUGACACGUGACAGAUACAGGACAAUAUCCUGGAACCUGCAUCUCAGCGACCCUGAUGAGGAUGUCCAGAACGACAGCAAAAAGGGCACACCUGAUCAUGACAGACUGUUCCGAUUGAAACCCCUCAUGGACAGCAUCAAGACUGCGUGUAUGUCCUAUUACCAUCCCCAUAAAUACCUGGCUGUGGAUGAGAGGAAGCUUGACUCCAAGGCCAAGACUGUAAUUACCCUGUACAUGAAGGCCAAACCUACCAAGUGGGGAUUCAAGCUGUUCGCCUUAACCGACUCGAAGAAUGGCUACACAGUAGACUUUUCCGUUUACACUGGCAAAAGCGACAUCUGCUCCGGACAUGGCUUGUCGUAUGAUGUGGUAAUAUCUCUGGUGCAUGCAGGUUACCUUGGAACAGGUUACCAUAUUUACAUGGACAAUUAUUACACCAGCCCGAAGCUGUUCAAGGCUCUCCAUGCCCUAAAGUUCGCUGCCUGUGGGACCUACAGAGAGACCUGCAAGGACUGCCCAAGGACACAGACUAACGCUCUAACAGCAAAAUCCAAAAGAGGCUCCCUAAGAUGGAUCAGGGAGGGCCCCCUGGUAUUUGUCAAAUGGAUGGACAACAGGGAAGUAUCCGUCUGCUCCACCAUCCAUGAAGCAUACUCUGGCAACACAGUGCAGAGAAAGCAGAAGCAGAGGGAUGGCUCCUGCACCCAAGUAGAGACCCCCUGUCCCACACCUGUUGCCGAGUACAACGAACACAUGGGUGGAGUUCAUCGGUCAGAUCAGCUUAUACACCACUACUCUGCAAAGCACAAAACCAUGCGCUGGUACAGGAGCAUAUUUUAUCAUUUCCUGGACAUUGCCACUACAAACAGUUACAUUUUGUACAAGGAAAUCUCUCUGUCACAAAAGAAAAGGCCCAUGACACGCAGAGCAUUCAUGGGGGAGCUGAGUGCUGAGCUCUGUGGCAAGCCUCUCCAUACACCGCCUGCCCGGGGACCUGCAUCUCAUCUUCCUGUGUCCAUUGCUGAUGUCAAGGCAUCAGGCAUCAGCCGAAAGGCCACCACAGGACGCAGGAGAUGCGAACACUGCCACAUCCAAGGCUUGAGAAAGGACACGCCUUGGAAGUGCAAGCAGUGUGAUGUGGCCCUUUGUCUCUUAUUGGACCGCAACUGCUUUGAGGCAUGGCAUGAGGACUGAAUCGGAGUGAACGUGUUUUUAGAAAUGGUUGAGAAUAAAGUUCUGAUGUAUUGUA